AUGUCUGAAACUGUAAUCGUCGAUCGUACCUCCAAAUUGACUGUUCACGAAGCUCCAAACAAGAACUCCAACGAUAUCCAACAUGAAGAUCUUUCAGGUCGGAACUACAUUCGUUGGGAUGCUGAAGGUGUAGAGAAGAUUCCAGAUGACGAAGAGGACGAUAUCAAUGCCGUUGCCGAACAGAUCAACCUGAUCCAGAAAGCCCAGUGGAACAUUCACCGUCACUGCUACAGUGGUACCCAUGCUCGCACACAUGGAAUCGUCAAGGGCACAUUCAUCGUCGACGACAACCUGCCUAAGCAUCUCAAGCAGGGCGAACUCUUUUCACACGGAGGAGAGUACCCUAUCGCUGCAAGAUACAGCACAGAGCCUGGAUUUGCCAUGAAACUCUUCGGUGUCAAGGGCGACAUGUACGAGAAUUAUCCUACACACGAUAUCGAGUUCAACAGCACUCCAGCCCUUGACCUUGCCACUGCCAAAGUCACCCGCGAGAUCAUUGAUCUUCGUAUCAAAUACGGGCACGACCAGGAAGAACUACGCAAACACCUCGAAAAGCGCAAUGACACAGAACUGCAGACUGCGCGAGACAAGGUGCGCAACACCCACUUGGAGAGCACUCGACAGUACUCACAGACCGCCUACCGCUUUGGAGAUUAUGUUAUGAAGUACUGCCUAGUGCCUUCUGGUGAAACGCAGCGAAAGCUCUACGAAGAAACCGUACGCCCUGAGCACGGCUCAGAUGUCCUGCACCGCUGGCUGCAGAAUUUCCAUGCCUCACACGAUGCAGAGUAUCUCUUCCAAGUCCAGCUAUGUGAGAAUCUGGAAGACCAACCUGUCGAAUAUGCCGGUAAGAUCUGGGAUCCUGAAAAGUACCCCUGGCAGACCGUGGCUACCGUCAAGAUUCCCAAGCAAGAGAGCUUCGACUUUGAGAGAAAGACUUUCUGGGAAGAUCAUAUGAGGGUUGAUCCAUGGCACGGACUCAAGGCAUACCAACCUCUUGGUGGACCCAACAGAUUGAGAAAGGUGGUAUACCCCGCAUCGAGUGCGCUGCGCCGCAAGAUGAAUGGCAGAAAAGAGGUUCACGUCACUAGUGUGGACGAUGUCCCUAACUAA